CCCCUCAGCCCCCACCUAGUCUGUGCUCCCCCCCCCCCCCCCCAAAUUGACCCUGCCAUGGCAGCAAAGGACCCCGCAUUCCCUAUAUCCGGUCUCCCCGGACCCCGCGCAAUCACUAUAUCCGCUCUCCCCGGACCCCGCAUUCACUACAUCCGCUCUCCCCGGACCCCGCAUUCCCUAUAUCCCCUCUCCCCGGACCCCGCAAUCACUAUAUCCCCUCUCCCCGGACCCCGCAAUCACUAUAUCCCCUCUCCCCGGACCCCGCAUUCACUGUAUCCGCUGUCCCCCGGACCCCACAUUCACGGUAUCCUACUCUCCCCCGGACCCCGCAUUCACGGUAUCCGCUCUCACCGGACCCCGCAUUCACGGUAUCUGCUCUCCCCCGGACCCCGCAUUCACUAUAUCCUCUCUCCCCCGGACCCCGCAUUCACUAUAUCCGCUCUC